AUGCAUGAAGGCACAAGUCAUGGGCGUCAAACGCUAGACUCGCUGUACCCACAAGCUCGUAAACUACAAUUCGAAUUGAAAAUGCAAAUGAGUUAUCUUGAUUCAGGACGUACAGGAGGCAAGACAGAUGCUGAGGUUCAGGCUGAAGCGCGGGGAAACUUUAGUGCAUUAGAGCAACUUCUUUGGCAAUUAGAUUCACUUGUACAGAUGAACACAAAAUCUGCGGAAAGAGACACGUGGACGAAAAAGUUACAACAGCUGCGAAAUGAGACUUUUGCAUUGGGCAGUACAUUAGAGCAACAUAUCUACAGUCUCAGUCGCCGCAAUGUCGAGGCGCGAGAGCGUGAGAGUCUUAUGAACAGACGUAACGCGGGGUUUGACGGUGGUAAUGGUGCCAUAUACGCAGCACAAGAAUCCGAGAGUUUGCAGCGGUCAUCACAAAUGGUCUCGGAUCUUACAAAUUUAUCACAAUCCAUACUUGGUGAUCUAAGUGAACAACGUAAUCGUAUGAAGAAUGUGCGCACGAAGCUCUUGGAUAUUGCAAAUAGAUUAGGACUUUCAAGUUCCUUAUUGCGUGUGAUUGAGAGAAGAGAUACAGUCGACUUUUGGAUCGUAAUUGGAGGCAUGGUCUUCACCUUAGUGUUUCUGUACGUGUGUUACUCGUAUGCGACUUAG